CGAAUCGAGCUGCAGUUACCUUAUGCCGUCACUCCAUUAGUAGAUCCCACGGGAAAGCUUGUUCUUCCUGUGGUGUGCGAGAGGAGGGAGAGGAGUUUUUCCUGUUCUGCCCAGGUUCGGCAGCGACUCUCUUGCUGCUUGUCCAGUGUGACGCCGCACCGCUGCCGAGCCAGCGGCCUGGGCAAAUCCUUCACAGUCUUCACAGUUGUUGUGGAGCCGCGCCUUGUCGCCAGCGGCUUGGGUUUGAAGCAGUGUUAGUGUUAUCUCGAUUGCUGUUGCAGCUGAAUAGUGCAGAGGUGGUUAAAGCUGUGCAAAAAGCAGUGCAGCCUCAUGGGAGACCUUUAUCAAAGGGAAGGCUGGGUCGCCACCGUAGGUAUGGUCUCUGGGCGGUGGCGGCUUAAGGGCUGCACCUUACUAAAUUCUGAAGGUGGUGGGUGAGAGGAGCAGAGAGUCUAUACUCACCAAAGCUGGCAGUAUUAGAAGAGGGACACUUGGUGGAUUUAGUAGUUUAAAACACAUGAAAUACUUUAUGUAGCAAAUUUCAGGAAGUUGCUGCUAUGAGGGAUUGUAGAAGUAGACGGUAUUUAACAGAUUUUUAAAAAGUAUUAGCCUAAUUAGAAUAUGUUAGGUUUAUAAACGACAUCCGAAAAUGACUGGGCAAGGAUUUGCCUUCUGGCAUCCCUAAUGUAGCAGCUUUAUCAGCUGGAGGACUGCGUGGGGAGGAGACCACAGACAGUGGCCAGGGUUGUGUCGUUUCUUUAAACAGCAUGUUUUUAUUGCUGUUGUCCAGACAAAAUAUGGCCUGGUGUCUAGAGGAACUGUGGACUUGAACCAGUAGGGCAUUUCUUAUCCUCUUAUCUUCCUGGCUUUAUUUUCUGUAGAGACGUGUGUGAAAUAGCACUGUUUUUCAAGAACAGUUUUGUAACAGCUGAGAGGGCUUGAGGAACAGAGGCUGGCAGGCAUGAUUUCUCUGUGAACUCACAGUUCCCUGACCAAGCAGUGGGUGGGAAGGAAUCUUUUAAAAACUUGGUCUAGUCCUCAAAAUAUAAUGGGGUCCUAUCAUCACAGAAGUGCUAAUAUUCUUUUAAAUUAGCUUGGGAAAAUAAAUGCUGCAGAUAAAGCAGCCUGGGAAACUUGGGUUUGUAGGCUUCUUGGCUCAGGCUCACUGCAGAGCCCUGUAAGGUUGCUUUUGUGCCCUAGUUCUGAGGUAUUUUUGGCUGUAAUGGUUGCUUACUUUUUCUCUAGCUAAGUGUGGACUGAGAGACAAGAACUGUUUUGAAAGUAAGCAUAUGCUGCUGCGUGGCUUUAAAUAAGGCUUUGUUGACCCAAGGCAUCCCUUCAUAACCACAUUAUUGCCUACUGGAGGCUUCUGCAGAACAGAAGGAAACUGUCAGGAAGCAAAGAUGAUCUCCUUCAAGCAACUGCCCCUUGAAGCAAAGGCUGCAGUGGCUGCAGGAGUGGUUUUCUUCUCCAUGAUGCUAUCACGCAGUUAUCUGGCGGAAAAACUUGAUCUUGGGACACGGCGUUGGCUUCUAAGGCUGCAGAUGGCACUUUUUGCUAAUGCACUCAUGUUAAUAGGAUCUCUUCAUGUUUGGAGAAGCACAGUCACCACGUUCUCCAGGUCUUCAGCUUCCAGCUCCUUCUGUUUCAUGCCAUGGAAAAUAGCUGUGUUCAUGUUUCUAGCUUUGGCUCAUUCAAGCUUCUUUACAUUGCUAUUUCUUGUUGCGGAAGAGCCCUAUUUCUUUUCUUUAGCUGCCUACACUUGCCUGGGGGCUUAUAUCAUUCUUAUCUUCUUCCUCUUCACUCUAGGCUCUGUAGAGCAGGCUUACAGGUUCUUGGCUGGGAGAGGCGCUAAGGCAGGCACUAGCAACAAGAACAGAACAGCAAUGAAACCAGUUUUGGCAGUCAUGCUGACUGUUGUGCUGACUGUUGUCGGGCUGUUAAACGCUUCCCAGCCUCCUACUGUGAAUUCAGUGGAGGUUCCAGUUCACAAGCUGCCCUCAACAAUGAAUAAUCUGAAAGUGGUGUUGCUUUCAGAUAUCCAUCUCGGGCCUACAGUUGGGAAGACCAAGCUUGCCAUGAUUGUGAGAAUGGUUAAGGCUUUAAAACCAGAUAUCACUGUGAUUGUCGGGGACCUGACUGACGCUGAGGCAGAGAUCAUACGACCUGCUGUUGAGCCUCUUGGAGAGCUUAACUCCCCUCUUGGGACUUACUUUGUCACAGGAAACCAUGAAUACUACACAUCAGAUGUUAGCAACUGGUUUGAGCUGUUAAAAUCAUUUAACAUUCAUCCACUCCAUAAUGAGAAUGUGAAGAUUGUUUCACCAAAGAGCACUGAUGACUGGUUCUGCUUGGCUGGUGUUGAUGAUAUUGAAGCAGAUGUGUUAUGCUACUCAGGACAUGGCAUGGAUUUAAAAAAAGCUCUCACAGGCUGUAGCAGUGAGCAUGCAAUAGUGCUGUUAGCUCAUCAGCCAAUUGCAGCAAAGUGGGCCCUUCAAGAGAGACCAGACAUAAAUUUAAUUCUCUCUGGUCAUACUCAUGGAGGGCAGAUCUUCCCACUAAAUGCUGGAGCUUAUCUUCUGAAUCCAUUCUUUGUUGGUUUGUACAAAGUUGGGCAGAACACCUUUGUCUAUGUGAGCCCGGGGACGAUGUACUUUGGAAUACCCAUGAGGCUGGGCAGCAGAGCUGAAAUAACAGAGAUAAUUCUGCGUUCUCCUUGAGGAGUUAUCAGUUUGAAAGACUUCUGCCAUCCUUUUUGGUCAGUAUAUUAGCUGUACUGCUUUGAAAGCAAAUCCAUUUUCAGGGAAGUUGGAGAAGAUGUGUUGGGGUGGACUUCAGCAGGUUCUGUUAAGUUUGAGCAGAAAACACUAACUGAUUUUGGGCCUAUGAAACAAAUCAGGGGCAUGUUAAAAUGCUGAAGAAAUGAAUUCUUUGGGUUCAUUAUUAAUGAGGUUCUGCAUUUAAAGAUAACACUGAUGUCAUGGAGAUAAUGUGGCCUGUGCAUGUUUAGUAAUUAUAUCUGUGUCCUGCAUUUACUCCAUGUUCCACUGUUUAUUAUCCAUCAGGCAGCUGCCUUAUCAAAUCUCAGGCAGGUCAAGUUCUGAUCUCUUGCAGUGCAAUCACUCAUGCGUGUCUUGCAAAAGGGACUACAGAGUGCCCACUGAGUAUAUGUAAACUGUAGAAGCCUUAUGCUACAAGGGUUAUGGGAAGGAGAAAGUUUUGUUUAUUGAGACUGGAUAUCUAUCCUGCUAGCUGUCCGCAGCAUGCGCUAGGGCUUCCAGUCUGUGCUGCUUACCAGUACAGUAAGUUGCCAGGCAUCAGUUCCUGAAAUUCAGUUUUUUGGGUUAAAAAGCUGGAGAGACAGAUAUCAAAGAGUGAAAGUAUCUGUCUUUCUGAAAGCAUUUUCCCUAGAAUAACUGGGCAUCUAGUAAUUAUUGAAAAUAGCUGUAAUCAAAGCAAAUGAGAAAGAAGAUGCAUCAUUAACAUAACUUCUGUUGUUCUGAGCAUGAUGUCUGAGCAUACAAUACCUCCUGAUGUAAAGCACAAAAUCCAGAGCUGAAAUAGUGUAUUUUCUCUUAAUUCUGUAAAUUUUUUUAUGCUUAAUUUCUCUUCUGUAAUUUCUCUCAUGUAAGAGUAAGGCGAUACUAUUUGAAAAUGAUGCAAAUAGGUUAAUGCUUGGAAUUGUGUAAAGUGUUAAUAUUUCAAAUAAAUGGUGUGCUUUUUAGGAAGAAAACACCCCAAUUCUGCAGCAGGUGACUCUUCUUAAUAGCAUUUGCAUAUCAAUGUCCUGGUUGUCUGAUAGGCACAUAGCAGAAUAACUGCUACAGGAUAAUGAAGGAUGGAGAAUUUCUCUGUCUUUGCUAGAAAGACUUAGCACAAAUUAAUAUCAUUCUGGAAAAUUUGACAAGUUAGAAGAUAUUAAUAACAUUCUUGCUUCCGUAUCUUUGUGUUCAUAUAAGAAAGUCAGGAUGUAAAUUAAUAUGUGUAUAUUGUCCAGGCUGAUGAAAGGUUACCUCUGUAUGUCUUCCUCUCUUCCCCCCCUUCCACUCAGUGUUGCUGUAUGAAACGCCAUGAACAAUACAUUUGUCAGGGAAUUCUGACUCUGAAGUCUGCAGCUGUAGCCACAGGGUUUCCGUUGCUCAGCCUUUCUGCUCACCAGUACCGGGUUCCUCUCAGGCAAACCCACAUAGCGUGGGGCCAAAGAGAUCAGUGCUUACAUGGGAGACCAAGGGUGCCAGGGCCAGAACUGUGGUGUUCAGUCUUUUCCUGCCUUCCUGUGUGACGCUGAACAAGACACACUUAUAUUUUAGUCUGCAACUCCUGUUGUAGUUUUGUAGGAGGUGUGUGGAGGUGUAUUUGAAGAGUACCAUAGGCUUUGUAAAGUUGAGUUUUUCUCCAAGUGAAAUUUUGAAGUUUCGUUUCAUCCAGUCCCUUCAGCCCCUGCCCAGGGCAGAGCUUUGAACUGCUAAGUUGGCUUUGUGUCAUGUUCCUCUGUACAAACAUCUUGUGGUUUUGCUCGCAGGAAUGCUGAGAAAUGCUGUAAAUGUGUCGUGCACUGGAAGGUUGGUGGAAGAGCCGGAGAAGUCUUUCAGACCAGUCAGACUAGAUAAUUUCUGUUUCCCAGCACCUAUAAUUGGGUAUACUUUCUUUUCAUGCUUGUGCAAUAGUAUCUCUUUAAGUAUUUUAAAGUUUCCACAUGUAUUAAACACUGUCCACCACUUGCAUGGGGUCCUUCUGUGGUUCUUGCCCAUCCGUGGUGUAGUGUAGUGUCAAAUUGUCUGCUGUAGAGAUAAUUUUGAUGGCCCGUUGCCCUCUGUUUAUUUACCAACAUGCCUUCAUUUAAAAGCCUUGUUCUGGGUUUAGUAGUGCAGAGGGUUUCCUCUAGGCCAGGGGUCCAGGAGGAUAGCUUUUCCUUUGUUAUGAUGAGGGUUAUUACUGUGUUAAGAAGACAUUGUUAAGUGAAUUUCCGUAUCAGGAGGCUUUUGUGGGACUAAUUUUAGCUGGUGUUAGUUUCCCAGUGAGUUGCUAGUAUUAAUUUUUUCUUUUUUUUUCCCCGUACCCUUUUUAUUUCUCUUUUCAUUCUGCCCAAAUUGUGCAAAACCUGGCUGAAGUGGUCCUUCCAUCCCAGGGGUGCAUAGAUAACUUCUUCAUUACAUUGUAUGUACCCGUUUUGAAAGAUCUUUGUGUAUCCUUUCAGGAGCACAUACACAUCCUUUUAGACAUGGUCAUAUUAUCAUUUCAUAAAUUUGAGUUCUCCCAGUGCAAUUUAGUUCUUGGUAAUUUUUUUCUUUAAGUCUCCCUCUGAAAGCUUGUUUGCUUGGUAAUUAGUUGUGACUUGAAAUAUUUUCCUCCUGUGCCAAAACACUUCAAAGCCUUUUCCUAUUUCACUUUUUUUUGAAUUAUGAAUGGAAAGUAUCCUAGAUUGACUUUCUUUUUGGUAAACAGAGGAAUUAACCUACCUUUUCUAAAAUCUGUCAGACAGCAAUCCCUAAUUGUCCUUCAAGGCUUUUUCUAUACUUCUUCCAGUUUGACUUGAAUUUGCCUGAUAUAGACCUGUGUUUGGUACUCCAGAUGAAAAAAAAAAUUGCUGUGCUACUUAAUUAUCUAAAAUAUUUUUUUGUAAAUCUUUUAUUUUGUGUGUGUAAUGUAUUUGAUCUGGAGAACUUAACUAAAUUAAUUUAUAUUUCUUCCUAUAGAAGGCUGGUUCUUUGCGGAGGGGAAUUAAUCACUGUCAGAAUAAUAUCAAAAUAGAAUAGUAUCAUCACUUUGUGAAAGUUGUAUUUCUUACAUUAUAUAAUCAGUAUAGAGUGGAUUUGAAAGUAUGUAAAUUGUGGUAUAACAAAUGCUUUAAAUGUUGGGAUUUAAUAAAACUUUAUUUGCUUAUCAAGAAA